AUGCCAUGCCGCAAGCGCAGCCAAGAACAACACCAUGCUCAAUACGCACACGCGGCACGCCUCAUGAACCAGCUCCGCGAGAUGAAUUACAUACUCGCGUGGAGGAAGAUCUUGGGGAUUGAGCGUGGAGGAGGCAUUCACGGGAUGAAAAACUGGGGGCCGUCGUUAUUGGACGAGUUGCGUCCCAAUGUCGUUAGGAUCAAUUCAGGUAGCAGCCAAGCGGCCAACCCCGUUAAUGUUUCUUGGCCCGUCGUCAUGAUUCGUGAGCGGCGAGGCACACGGGCAACGGGACGAGCAAAAGGCACCCUUGAUCCAGAGAGGCAACCCGAGCGGGAUCCUCGCUGCCCUUAUUACACAUCUGGCAUGGUGGGAAUCCAUCGUGGAAGCACGCACGUAAUGGCGGCCGCCAACUUCAACGAUGCCAGAUCCAUGUUGAGCCUAAGCAGGGCCAAGCUGGGUGGGACAGAGAUCUCUCGCAGCCGUGGCGUCUGCUGUCAACGACUCAACGCUCAUGGUCCUGCAGGCUGGCGAUGCCGCGAAGCCAUGAGGCUCUACAAUUGGCAGCAGGGCAACGAACGACAUGCCUUGACGGAUAGAGAUAUCUCGAACAACAUGUAA